ACGGGCGGGGGGGUGCGUGUGCUGCAGCCAUCUUGUUCCCCCCCAGCACUGUGGGCGCUCAGCCCCCCGUUACGGUGGGCCGCUCGCUUCCCUCGGCCCGUGCUUAGCCCAGCUCCGCUCCCUCAGGCAGCAGGGCCUUCCCAUCUCCCCUCCUCUGCCCGCUCGGCGCGGCCUUUCGCCGUCAGUCCCUGCCCCUCUGCCCCCCCCCCCCCCCCCCCCCCAGUGCCUCAGUGGUUGGGGCUGAGUGAGCGUUGGGCGCCCCGGCAGGGGCAGAUUGGGGGGGGAUGGCAUUGGGGGUCACUCGCGCUGAGACGAGCGGCGGCGGGAAGGGGCGCACCUGCCCCACCUGAUUGGCCGCGUGCCUCGCGCCCCCGUUUGCCAUUGGCUUAGCGAGAGGAGGGGGCAUUGCGCCCCACUCCUCGGAUUGGCUGCGAUGGGGCGAGGAGAGUAUAUAAGGGACGGAUGGGCGGGUGGGGGCACCUGCAGCUGGGCUGGGGGAGUGGGGUCGUGUGUUCUGCGGGCUGCUGCCGUCAUCUGGGGGGCUUCAGCUGCUCCUGUACGGAGCAGUUUGCCCUGGGCUUGAUGGGAAGGUGCUUAGCAACCCUCACUGCCAUGUUGGAGGUACCAGGAUGGGCCCAGCCGAGGGCAGAGCAGGAUCAGGCCCUUGUUUGUGGCUCCUGUCACGUUGGGCCCUCUGCAGGCCUGGAGGGCAGAAUGAGGGCUGUGUGUGAGCAGGGGUAGCUUCUGCGUGUGGACUCUGAUAGCUGCCCCUGUUGUGCUGAGAUUGGUCUUCGUAGCAGUGUUGGUGGUUGCCUCAGCCAGCUGAGCUUGUUCUUGUGGGCCACGGGGUGGUUGUUACAUGGGACUGAUUUAUUUCUUUGUGGGACCUCCUGCUAUCCAGGUUUGUAGUGUUGAGUUGCUGCAUCUGCUCCUGUGUUGCUCUUGUAUUGAAAAACUAUUGAAUUAAAAUGGAAAAAAACGAAACCUUGGUUCUUUGUCUUAUAGACCCUAAAGAGACAGCUAACCCCAUGGAGGGUUUAUUCUGCAUGAGAAACUUCAUGCUGUGUGGAGGCUGCUCUUACAAGCUGCUCAUUGUGGAUCCUUGGAAGGAGCCUUUCCAAAGCUUAAAAGCCUACUUCACAGGUCUUUCAUUUUGAAUCUGAUCUUCACAGCUGAAGGACUGAAAUGAGUGGGCAGCAUUUGCUGUUUGGUUACCUGCAUGCCAGUACUUCUCGCAUAUGAGCGAUGUAUUCAUGGUUCUUAUGGGCUUUCAAAGGACAAGUGAGCUCAGUGCUGGCUAUCGCUGUGAAAUGCAUAUCAACAUUUCUAUUUAUAAGUUUUAAUGGCAGUAGAGACUGUAUUGAACUCUUCCUUCUAUUACUUUUUUCAGCGAUUGAAUUUUCUUUCUCUUGGCUAAGUCAGGAGGUGAAAUGCUCGUGAAUCAACUGAUUUUACAAGAGAGUUAUUGGAUCCUUUUGUUGUGAUAAAGUAAUUGGUAGUCUCAAGCCUUGUAACACCUUCAUUUUUAGGAGAAGUAAGAAGGGGUAUUUCUCCACUUAGCCCUAAAAUGAAUAACUUACCUCCUGAAAUGUGAUGCUUUUUGGCACUUUGCUACGUGUGUUCUUCUCUUGUGUGUUAGGUGUUAGAAAUAAAGACAGCUUUAUUACCUUGGUGUAGGAUGAGAUAUUGAUGUGAUUGUUGUUAUCUGCUGGAAUAACUGACCGCUUCCUCUUGACAAGAAGUUGGUGUGAGGAGCUUAAUCUCAUCUGAUGCCUUUCUUUGCUAUUAACCUGCAUAGGAAAUCCUUAGAUGAGCUCUCUGAUGUUAAUUUGCUUUGUAGUAAGCAGCCACUUCCAGUGUGUUUCUGACCACCUGCAGCUGCUGUCAGCUGUGUAGGCAGAAUUUUAAUUAAUUUAUAAGUGUAGCUCAUUAUGGAGGCUGACUUAAUAUUGUGAAUCUUGUUUGCCACUUCUGUUUGUUGUGUCAGUGCACCACAGAAAUAAAAGUGGCCUGAUGUGUUAGGGAGGCACCUGCUUUAGUGUUCAGAAGGCAUGGUUUGUGCUGGGUUUGUUCUCUUGCGCUUCACACCAGCAGCCGUUCUGCAGCAGGGGAGUCUUGGGGCUGUUCUUUUAACGUGUGGAAAAGAGGUUUUGUCCUUUGAAAGUGGUGCUUUAAUGCAGAGGGGUGGGAGAGGGAGGAAAGAAGCAGCACAGUUUGCAGGAAGGGGAGCGAAUUGCAGCUUUGUGUGGGGGUGGCUUUGGGAGGAAGAGUAGGAGAUGAGAGGAAGGUGGAGUGAAACUGAGUGUGGCCCUCGUAUGAUUUUGUUUUCAGUUUAAAAGACACAUUUGCAACAGUGUAGACACACUUUGAUACAGAUGCUUUGGGUCUUUUCCUCGUUGCUCUCAAGGAAGUGCCUUCCCUGCUUUGUUCUUUAUCAUUCUUCUCCCUCUGUCAUUUAUAAAGCAAAUCAAUUAAGUAAAUGAGGUCACUACCUCAAGCAGCUGAAGGCUGAGAGUUGUGGUUUAUGGCAGUAGCAGAUGCUGAGGAUAUCACAGGGGCCUGAGAACACAAAACAUUUGAAAGAAGAAAAUGACAUGAAAAAUGUAAUAACGUGUUCAGAAAGCUGAGGAGGAAGCAAUCAACUAUGGGGGGUGACUAAGAAGAACAUGUGUGUAAACAUAAGUUAUAAACUUGUCUCUUUGCCUACUGACAACAGGAAGGGCAGAUACUGAGAAACGCUUGGUUAUACAAGAAGUGAGGCUGCACGGAGAUGUCAUCCAGAGAGGGAGCUGCAUCUCCAAGUAGGUCUGUAGCCAAGUCUGUGCAGUUCUCCUGUAGGAUGUAAAUCUGCCUUGCAAUUCACUUGCAAUUCUAGAUUAUCUCCUGUGCUUUGUGGAAUAAACAGACCUAGAGCUACUCGUGGGGUACUUCCAGAGAAUAGCUGCACCAUGCUGUCGUGGUAUUGCUUUUGGAGCUUGGGCAAUGCCCUUUAGUGUGUCACACAAGCCCUUUCAUUGAUGCAGUAGCAGAGGACUUCUCUUGGAGAUCUAAGAGGCCUCUUCCAGCUCGUUGUGCUGUGAUGGAUGUGGUGUAAGGAUGUAGCUAGAUCAAUUCAUUAUGUGCAAUUUGAGUAAAGAGUGAGUUUGUGUUUGGCUGAGUUCUAUUUAUUAUAUGGCUAAAUAAAUUGAAGCCAUUUUUCCUUUUGUGGAAAUAAAUAAUCUCUGCUGUGUAUGAUUUCUAUUUCUAACUCACCAGUAAAGCAUAAAUAUUGUGGCUAUAUAUUACCUGAUUAUUAACAUGCAGACAGUGCGCAGGAGCUGAGUUCCUUGAAACAAUAUGUGCUUUUGAUGAAUGAGGAUGCAGAGGAAGAGACAGCAGUCGUGACUCAGUAGUCAAUGAGGUUGGAACCCCAGCGUGCUUCCCAGCCGUCCUGCUGCAAUGAAAGCAUCUCCUUGCCAAGGAACCUCAGGAAAUGCACCAACUCUGCCUUCUAGCCAUGUUACUGGAGAUCCCCUUAUCUUCUGGAAGUAGAAGCACAGUGAAGAGAUGAAUCUAUUCAGCCAGACAUUCCUCCAAUAGUUAUUUCCCAUCAUGGAGCACCACGGCAGGGAGGAGAUGGACUCAAAAGAAGAAAGUCCUCAGGUGUGGCCUGACUCUGCUGAGCAGGACCAGAAUGCUGCUCAGGUGCACUUCGUCCCAGAAGCAGGGACGGUGGCACAGAUUGUGUACAGCGAGGAGCAGGAACGUCCCUCCCAGCAGGUGGUGUACACAGCGGAUGGCACCUCGUACACCUCGGUGGACACCUCAGAGCACACGCUGGUUUACAUCCAUCCCGUGGAAGCUACGCAGACUCUGUUUACAGAUCCGUCCCAAGUGGCUUAUGUCCAGCAGGAUGCCACCACACAGCAGGUAACUGUGCUCUUGCCUGCUGCUGCUCAGAGCAUGAAUCCCACCAACCUGUCCGUGCUCGGCAGCGUUGCUGAAUCCCCCCAGCAAAUGGCUCUGGAGCAGGGUCAACAAGCAGAUAGAGCAUCAUUACCGGUGCAUAACCAGGUGUUACCUCCUAUGGAGGCAGUGGAUGGUUCUGACCCUUUAGCACCGCUGCAGAAUCAGAUGGAAAGGAUGGAAACAAAAGAGGAAGACGACGAGGAUGAAGAAGAUGAUGAAGAUGGGGAAGACACUGACAUGGAUGAAUGGGAUCCAGAUCCACCUCGACCAUUUGAUCCCAAUGAUCUGUGGUGUGAAGAGUGUAAUAAUGCGCAUCCCUCCGUGUGUCCAAAACAUGGACCUUUGCAUCCAAUCCCAAACCGGCCUGUGCUGACCAAGGCAAGAGCCAGCCUUCCCUUGGUGCUCUACAUAGACAGGUUUUUGGGAGGUGUCUUCUCCAAAAGGCGUAUCCCCAAACGCACACAAUUUGGACCUGUAGAAGGACCCCUGGUUAGACAAACUGAGCUCAAAGACUGCUAUAUCCAUUUGAAGGUGUCUCUUGAUAAGGGUGACAGAAAAGAGAGAGAUUUGCAAGAGGACCUGUGGUUUGAACUUUCAAGCGAGGCUCUUUGUAACUGGAUGAUGUUUGUGCGUCCAGCUCAAAACCAUUUGGAGCAGAACCUGGUUGCGUAUCAGUAUGGCCACCACAUUUAUUACACAACCAUUAAAAACGUGGAGCCCAAACAGGAACUCAAGGUGUGGUAUGCUGCGUCUUAUGCGGAGUUUGUGAACCAGAAGAUCCAUGACAUAUCUGAGGAGGAACGGAAGGUUCUCAGAGAGCAAGAGAAGAACUGGCCGUGUUAUGAGUGCAACCGUCGUUUCAUGAGCUCAGAGCAACUCCAGCAGCACCUCAACUCCCAUGAUGAGAAGCUGGACUUCUUCAGCAGAGCCAGAGGCAGAGGUCGUGGACGAGGAAAAAGAAGGUUUGGACCAGGCAGGCGCCCGGGGCGCCCUCCCAAAUUCAUGCGUAUGGAAGUAACCAUUGAAAAUGGAGAAAAGUGUGAAGAAGGGACACAGGACUUGCUGCAUUUUUCCAGCAAGGGGCAGUUUGAUGAGGCCAGACAAGCAACACUGAAUGGGCUGGAGCAGCAGGAACAGACUCCAGUGCCGUCAGAGACACAGUCGACACUGGAACAGCAGUCAGAAAACCACCCGCUACAAAUCCAGCCCCAGCAUGAUGAGAGCGUGGUGCCCACGCAGAGCACCAUGACAGCAGAUGACAUGAGGCGAGCAAAGCGUAUCAGGAAUGCAGCUCUUCAGCACCUGUUCAUAAGGAAAUCCUUCCGCCCAUUCAAAUGCCUGCAGUGUGGGAAGGCGUUCCGGGAAAAGGACAAACUGGAUCAGCAUCUGCGCUUCCAUGGCCGGGAAGGGAACUGCCCUUUGACUUGUGACAUUUGCAACAAGGGCUUUAUCAACAGCGGGUCUCUCGAGAGCCACAUGAAGUUCCACAUGGACCAGAAAACGUACUCCUGCAUUUUCUGUCCUGAGUCCUUCGACCGCUUGGACUUACUCAAAGAUCACGUGGCCAUCCAUAUCAUUGAUGGCUAUUUCACCUGUCCUACCUGCAAAAAGCGCUUUCCAGACUUUAUCCAGGUCAAGAAGCACGUACGCAGUUUCCAUUCAGAGAAGAUUUAUCAGUGCACAGAGUGUGACAAGGCUUUCUGCCGCCCUGACAAGCUGCGGCUCCACAUGUUGCGACACUCGGACCGCAAAGACUUCCUGUGCUCCACGUGUGGCAAGCAGUUCAAGAGGAAAGACAAAUUGCGAGAGCACAUGCAGAGGAUGCACAACCCAGAGAGGGAGGCCAAGAAAGCUGACCGAAUCAGCCGCUCAAAAACUUUCAAGCCUCGGAUAGCUUCCACUGACUAUGAAAGCUUCAUGUUCAAGUGCCGACUGUGCAUGAUGGGCUUCCGCCGGAGGGGGAUGUUGGUGAAUCAUCUAUCAAAGAGACAUCCAGACAUGAAAAUAGAAGAGGUGCCAGAGCUCACGUUGCCCAUCAUCAAACCCAACAGAGAUUAUUUCUGUCAGUACUGUGAUAAGGUGUACAAGAGUGCCAGCAAACGCAAAGCACAUAUCCUGAAGAACCAUCCUGGUGCUGAGCUACCUCCAAGCAUCCGGAAACUGCGUCCUGCAGGCCCAGGAGAGCCGGAUCCCAUGCUGAGCACCCACACCCAGCUGACGGGAACUAUAGCCACCCCUCCAGUCUGCUGUCCUCAUUGUUCCAAACAGUACAGCAGUAAGACAAAGAUGGUACAACACAUUCGCAAGAAGCACCCGGAGUUUGCUCAGCUCCCUAACACUAUACAUGCCCCACUGGCGACAGCUGUCAUCAGUUCCACUCCUGCAGUCCUCACCACUGACAGCACUACCGGAGAGACUGUUGUGACAACAGACUUACUGACACAAGCAAUGACGGAGCUAUCUCAGACCCUCACAACAGACUAUCGAACUCCCCAGGGAGACUACCAGCGAAUUCAGUACAUCCCUGUGUCUCAGUCCACAACUGGCUUGCAGCAGCCUCAGCACAUCCAACUGCAGGUUGUUCAAGUGGCCCAGGCUACCUCACCUCACCAGUCUCAGCACUCCACAGUGGACGUUGGACAGCUUCAUGACCCCCAGACAUAUACUCAGCAUGCCAUCCAGGUGCAGCACAUCCAGGUCACAGAGCCAUCACCCACAGCUCAGUCAUCAUCGCAGGUUGGGGGUCAGCCUCUAAGUCCCUCCUCACAACAAUCACAGCAGGAACUCAGCCCCUCGCAGAUGCAGACAGCUGCAUCUACACAAAGCCAAGCCCUCCAGCAGCAGCAAGGAUCUUCAGUCCAGCACACAUAUCUUCCCAGCACGUGGAACUCCUUUCGGAGUUAUUCAUCCGAGAUUCAGAUGAUGACCAUCCCUCAAGGCCAAUAUGUCAUCACAGAGACAGCUGUAGGUACACCUGUCACCACUGUCAACACAGGACAAGUGAAAGCAGUUACUCAGACUCACUAUGUGAUAUCUGAAGGUCAACCUGAUCUGGAUGUCAAACAGAACUCCUCACUCUCCAGUGAGGUACAGGUUGGUGUUUCCCAGCCACCAACCCACACUGACACGCUGGAAUCUCAAACGAGUAAUCAGCAGCAAACAACCCAGUACAUAAUCACUACAACCACCAAUGGGAACGGGGGCAGUGAAGUGCACAUCACUAAACCAAGGACUUUCUCAGCAGAACACGAAUGAAGAAGCAUUGGGGUGUCGCUUGUAUUUUUCACCUCCUCCAAAAGCCCAAGUAUAUGGGUAUCCUGGAGCUCAUGUUUUAAAGUAUAUGCUCACUUCAGCUAAAAUCCUGGAGCUCUUGUUAAUGCUUUAAGAGGGUUUAAGUCCUCAGUGACCAUGAAGAAUUACCCUCAAAAUCCUCCUGGGAUGCCAUUUUAUGCAGCUUUUAACAAAAAGGACAAGAGGAGAAAUGAAACCUCUGCCUGCCCUGGACUUUUUUGGCAUGUCUGCUGACCCUAAUUUUUUCCUUCUGAGAAGUGUCUCUGGUAACCAUCUACUAUUUCAAUUGUAAGGGAAUAGCUUGCCCAUCUGAAGGCUAAUUGGCAGAUUAUGUUGUAUGUAUAUUUGUAAUAGAAGCUGUUAGACAAGAGGACAUCAUGUAAAUUGCUGGAAUGUGGCAGAACUGCUUUCUCUGUCUUUGUUUCAGCAGCCAAGGUGAAAGGGAAUAUAAGCUUGAGAGCAGACUUCCUGGAGAAAAAGAGCAGCAGUGAAGUGGUGACUCUGUGUGGGGAUGGAUAUCGCAACGAAGCUGUGACAACGUGCAGAAGCAGUCCAUUAAAUUAUUAUUUUUUCCAACCCUCAAACUGUUUACAUGCUGUCUCACCUAUCCGACUUUACCAAGCAGUUCCAGAAAAAGGAAAAGUGCAGCCUUAUGUUUGGAAUAAAACAAUAGCAGCACGUAACAGUAGUACGGAGCCACUGUUAUUUUUUCCCUCCAGAGUUUGCAGGGAAAAACACCUUUUUGCCCAUAAACAAAAAAGGCUUACCGUAGCCUGCAUAGCAGCUUCUGCUGUGAUCUCUAACAAUAGAUCUGCCAGGAGAAAUGGCUAUAGAAGCACACCUUCUGAAAAUGCAGGGUAGUCAUCUCUGUUGCCACCUCGAAGUUGGAUGCAUCUUUCUCUUGAAGACUGGAUGAAGAGUUGGUUAUGCUGGUUUUCCAAAUACCUUGUUAACAACACACUAAUUCCUUCGGACAGUUUCUUAAAAAUGACCAGCCUUGGACUCAGGAAACACAAGAAAAACACCAGUGGACCACUAUUUACAGGACACAGAAAGCCAUCUGCGAGACUUGCCUGCUUUGCUAGAUCUGGUCUAUGUACAGAACUCAUGUUAUGUCUAGGGACCAGGAGAGAGGAAAAGGUGUCUUUUUUUUUUCUUUUAAGGCAGUGUAUUUUUUUCUUACAUAAUUCUCCUUCACAGGUCGUGUUGGUUGGUUAUUUAAUGCUUUUGGUAUUUGCAAGAGUAUGAUUACAACACCGUAUACUGUUGAUGGGCUGUACUGUAUGUGUCUAAAUGUUCUUUCAUUCUGCUUGAAACCUCAUCCCCGAAUGUCAGUGCAUAACAGGAUAAGUUUAUUUAUAAAAUUGAAAGCAGAGAAGUUUUGUCUUAACGGCCCUUGAGAAGGGCCAGAAGAACUAAGAGAGGAUCUCAGUUUUUUUUAAUUUUCUCCUAUGCUGCAUUAAGUGCAAAUCUAGAACUCUGGUGUAAUUACUUCUACAGAUUGAGAUGGAGUUGAAUCAUGUGAGUAGUGUUACACAUGUAUACAGGCUGUGGUGCCAGGUGUUAGGGAGGCAAAGCUCUUAGAUGUGAGAGAACUUAACACUCAGACUUGGAAAGCAGAUGUCUUGUUCCUUGCUGGCAAAGCCUUGUAGCAUGUCUCCCCUUGGUAAAUAACAUAUCUAUUAACAUGGUGUGGAAAUAGUGACUGUGCAUGAUGAGAAAUCCUGAUUAAAAUACUGGCCAGUCCAGAACUGUUUCAAGGUAGCUUUGAAGUGAUUUGCCAAAGUGUAGAUUAAUUUGUGCCUGGGAUUUCACUUCUCCUAUUGCAGCCACAGUAGUGGGGCAUUAACUAAUAAUUGGGGCAUUAAUGAGAUUGGUAAGUAGUUGAAGACCUGAGCUACCAUUUAGUCAAGUGCAGCGAUGAGUCUUUUGGUUUGGUGGAUUUGGGAGCUCAUCUACUUUAGCAGUGCAGCCAAGCAGCUGUGAUUCCCCUUAAUUCAUUUGAAAUCAUGUUGCUGAGCACUUUUUGAAUAAGAGGCCAUUGCAGUGUUUGCAUGGGAGAAUAGAAAGAAGCUCUCUGUAUUGGCUUUGCCUCACAGUGCCCUUUUUUAGGGAAGGGUCUGCCUUCAGGCUGCUGUAUUAACAACGCAAGUCAAACAUGUGGUAUGAGCAGUAGGAAAGUAGAAGACCUGGAAAUCAAAUAAUUGCAAAUGGAUACUGCUCUACAGGAGCAUUUUUAAAGUCUUAAAGCCUGAAAUCUUUGGACAUGAUGAAACUUUGUCUUUAAUCAUUUUGCAAAUGUGAAACUAAAAAAAAUGCUUUAUUCAACUUUGGGAAAGGCCACAGGAUGAGGAUGCUUGCUCUCGUACCAGUCUUUUAAAGCUGAAAAGUGCAAAGUGUUCCAGAAAACAGUCGUAACAUGGCAUCUUUGAACUCAUACCUGCUUUAUUGAACUUUCUGCUCUGUCCCACAGCAAUAGCAGUGUACUCAAGCCAUCAGCUUGACACCAGCAUUAAGUGAUUCAUCGUGUCCUCAGUCAAACUGAUGCCUUGUGGAGGGAGAAGCAUGUCUGGAAAUCAAGUAGUGUGAAUUUUCAUUCCAAAGUAAUUAAGUGCAGUGACUUCCCAGAAUGCGGGGGGGGGGAAGCUGUGAAUGGCUCUGCAGAGCAGUUGUGCUGCAGGGCUUGCCACUAAAAAGAAAGAAGACAAAGACAGCAGUUUGCGUGGAUUUUUUCCAACUUCUGCAGCGUGGCAAACGUGGGAUUUAUCAUUGUUUUUUAACCGGAGCCACUCAGAGAUCUGUCUUUUAAAACAACGUCCUCCUGGAGCUUCACUCUGCAGCACUGCUGCCUGCUCAGAGAUGGGAAUGGCCGUGGGCUCUGCUCGGGCUCACGCUUUUCUGUGGUGUUCUGGGUCAGAUUCUGUUGUGGUUUUGUUUCUGUUCUCCACUACCCCAAAAAAACCCACCAACCCCGCCCUGAAAUGACCUCUCUGACUGCUUGGGCACUGGGGACAGAACUCAGCUCUAUCCCAGUGUUGUGCCUGCCAUUAUUUAAAUGUGUAUGUUCAUUGUACAUUCAGUGACUGUUAGAGUGUUAAUAGUCUUGUGCUACCUGGCAGAUGUAAAAACAAAAUUAAUAAAUCUUUUUUUUUUUUAAA